AUGGCUUCCUACCUGCCCAACCCGCGUCCGCGCUCUCGCUCCCGCUCCCCGUACCGCGCUCCACCCGCUAGCUGGCCUCCCCCGGGCGCGGGCCCCGCCGGCCGCCCGGGCUCUUGGGCCGAGUACGCGCCCGGCGCCGACGCCCCCCGGGGCGAGUGGGACGUCUACGAGCGCGACAGAAGCUACUACGACCGCGGCCAGUACGACUACGGCCGCCGUGGCAGGAGCAGGAGUCCACCCAUCGACGACGGAAACCGCAAGCGCCGGCGCUCUCCCUCCCCGUACGGCGCAGACCGCUACGAGCCCCGUCCGCGCUAUGCCGACGACUACGACGCCCACACGCGUGGCGGAUACGGCUAUAACCGCUCUCGCUAUCCCGCCGGGCGCGCUCCCCAGAAUCCGUACGAGCUUGACUAUCCUGCCUCGCUCCGCCAGUACGCGGAGUGGUUUAGGUACCAUUACCCCGACCAGGCCGCAGAGGAAGAUAAAGCGGACCGCCAAGCCGAGGCUGAAGCCGGCGACGGUUCCCGUCCUCGUAAUGGCAUACGCUCGCGCUGGGAGAAGUACAAGAAAGAGUUUGCUGCAAGCCAGCUUCAGACAAUGUUCGACCACCACCGCAAGUCACCCUGGUUCGCGGAAAAAUACGACCCCGCUCCCGAGUUCGCUUACCUCCGCGCCCGCAUUCGCAAAGAAGGUUGGCGCGGCCGUCUUGCCGCCUUUGUCCAAGAUCUUGCAUCGGGUCGCUUUGACCCCGCCCUCGAUGCGUACGAUGAUGAGCCUGAACCCACGCUCAUCCCCAACGAUGCCUCGCGCAACGAGAUUGAUGGUCCAGACGACAAGCCCAAGAUCGAGGCGACGCAAGAUGAGGAGAUGAAGGACGUGAAGAAAGAACCAGAGCCUGUUCCCGCCCCGGUCAAGGAGGAGAAGAAUGGGCCCAAAGACGAGGAUGACGGUGGCAUCGCGCCGACGGACGAGAGCAUGAAGAUGGAAGAGGACGAUCAUGAGCAGGACGACGCGGACAAGCCUGAUGGCGCGAGCGUCAAUGGCAAAGGCGCCGGCUCGCGCGUUAUACGAAGCGAUGAGAUCGCUGUAGACGCCGAGGGUAACCAGGUCAUGAUCCGUACCAUUCCACCUGAUAUUGGGCGUACGAAGCUUGAGAAGCACGGGAACUUCCAGGCGAUGCCGGGCUAUGUCUAUCUCGCUCUCGGCGACCCACUUCAGAAGCGCAACUUCUAUCGAGCUGGCUGGCUGAAGUUCCGCGAGGACACUGAUAUGACUACGGUGAUGCGCGAGCUCAACGAGAAGAAGAUCGAUGGCUUCAAGUUGCACGUCAUCCACAACACUCAACCGUUUCGCAACAAGGUUCGCUACACUCCCGAGGCCGCGUCUCGCCCGGAACGUAUAUUCGCCGAUCUGGCCAAUGUGCGAGCACUGGCGGCAAAACUGGACGCAGACUAUCGUCAUCACCGUCGUCUGCCAGCGCGUCCUGCAGACGCCGGUGAAGAUUGGGAAAAGUCGGCCAUGGAGGAGUGGGCCUCCAAGAAGGAGGGCGAGGGUGCGGAGACGGAGGAUAUCAAGAUGGAAGGAGCGGAAGGAGAAGAGGAAGACCCGCUGCCAAUCGAGAGUGGAGCAGAGGCCGUUGAGAAACGGGUUGAGAUCGUCAUGAUGGACUUGAAGGAGGCUGGAAAGGUCGACGAGGCCGACGAGAAGGCGUAUGAGCUAAAGAAGAAUACGGUUGCUCUUGAUCUGUAUCUUGCUUACCUGAGAAAUGCGUACCACACAUGCUACUACUGUGCUAUCGUAACCGAUCAUCUUGAGGAGUUCCAGCGCAAGUGCAUCUCGCAUGUCCGCCGACCGCUCACGUACGCGAUGCGCCUGGAUCUCGAACGCGAGGAGCAGAAGAAGCGCGAAAAGGCGGAGAAGGAACGUGAAGAGAAAGAGCUCGCCGACAAGGUCAAGGACGAACAGGAUAUGGAGGCCGAUGGACAAGCAAAGGACCGCGCGGAGGGUGAAGAACAGAAGGAGGAGUCGAAGAAAGAGUCGGUCAAACAGGACAAGUUGGCCGAGGCUAAGGACUGGAAGCGCAACGAUGAGCGCUGGAUUGAAUGGCUUGAUUCAAAGGUCGCGUUGUUGCUCAAGCGAGACGAAGUCGACCCGCGCGAGUACGGCGGGAAAGCGUAUGAGGAGGAGCUUUCCAAGGUCGCGGAACCGCAUAUCAAGCAGGAGGACGAAGGAAAGUUCCGAUGCAAGACAUGCACAAAGUUGUUCAAGGCCGUCGCCUUCGUCGAGAAGCAUAUCGCGAAUAAGCACUCUGAACUAUUGCACGCCCUCGACGAGCUGCCCUACUUCAACAACUUUGCGCUUGACCCUCACCACAUCCAGCCGCUCGCGCAUCCACCUCCUCAAAGCUCUCAACAACAGCCCGCGCAAGCAUACGGUGCACCGUACCCACCCCCUGGGGAUUAUGCCCGUGGUGGCCCGGGCGGAUACUAUCCCCCGCCGUACGGUGGAUAUGGUGGCCCACCUCCGCCCGCUUAUGGAGGAUACUGGGGUGGUGAUCCAUAUGCGUAUCCCUAUGGUGCGCCACCAUUCAACGCCCCGCCAAGCGGCAAACGACUGGGUGAUCGCAUCGGUGGUUACGCACCUGGCUACGGCGAGGACCUCCCACCUGCGCCGCCUGGUGCGGGUCUACCUCCCAAGCCGGAGCACGGAGGAGCUGGCGAGGAACGCCGUCGGGGUGGUCAGCGAAGGCGCACUGGCGACCUCCCGCCUCCGCCCCCUCCGCCAGACGCGAAGGAAGACCCGCGCGCUGCGGCGGGAAGGAAGCUCAGUUACCAUGAUAUGGAUUCGGUGGCCGAGGGAGAUGUCGAACUGCAGUACUGA